AUGGGUUCAUCGUUCAGAAAGCGAAAAAGUGUAUGCUCCACCGUCGGUGAGGAUGAGCUGGUGGUGACCGGCAUUGAGGCGGACAGACUGUCUUUCAUCAAUACCGCACUUUGCGCCGUCCCGGGCAACACCCUCCGUGCCUUCUUUGCGCCUGUCAUGGCUGUCAGGCUUUCACUCCUGAAGCGGAGGCGACUCACGCAACGGCAUCUCUCCUCUGCCCCAACGAGGUCAGACAAGAUGUUUCAGGAGGGCGUGCGUGUUCUUACAAAGGCGCUUGUGGACGCGUCGCUUGAACUCCUUGAAACCCCAAUGCCGCUUGACGAAAAGGAGCUUGCGACGGCUUUGAAGGGAAAACUGACGCCAGUUUGCUACGAGCCGGGGGCGGUGCUUGCGUACCCUGGUGAAGUUCCAGAGGGGCUGUUUGUACACGUGGUGCUGAGUGGGAGUGUUCAGGUGGUGAACUACCAGACACAAAACCGCAAAGGCCCCAUUGCCGACAGCAGCAAAAGACAAUAUUUUUUCAGCAAUGAUUUGCUACGACUAAAUGGAUUGUUGGGUCUUCAGCCGGAGCUAUUUCGGCUUGUCUCUGCUCCUGUAGAAAUUCCCGGCGAUGCGGCCAGUGAUGUGGUUUCGAACUCCACCGUGUCUACAUCUAUUCAACGCACGCUCCGACGUGCUUCGCGUAUCAUUGGACAACCAACACUUUUGGCUACCCGCACAGAAUUAUUCCGAGCACCCUAUGUAUGCUGCGCCGCUGAAGCAUUGGGAUUAGAGCCUUUUCGACUUGCCACGGUUACAGCAGAGGCGGCAUCGCCGGAUGGAAAGAGAGAGGCAAACUGUGAUUCAAGAGUAACCGUGACGAUGCGCGUUCGAGCCAAUGAUCUCCACAAUGCCCUUAUUGAAAUUGCCCUGCGUCAGCGUGAUAAGUCCAAGACGCCUGUUUCUCAACUGGGCACACUUCGUAACGUGCCGGCGCUUUUGGAUUAUAUUGCAGCCGCACGGGUAAAGUCGAUCUCUCGUCAUUAUCCACUGAAUGAAAUCCUCAUGCGUCAGAGUUGGUUGCUGCAAGAUACACCGGCACACACAAUACGUUUCCUUGUCACGCACCUGACACCUCGGUUUUACUUUCCAGGAGAAGUUAUUCUUUGUCCCCAUUCAAUCUCUCGCCAGCUUUGCUUUUUGCGGCGGGGCACUUUGACGAUUGAGGAACCCCCAUCGACAGGAUUUCGUGGUGUGGGGAACCACUGCUGUGGGGAUUAUAAUCCAAAAAGAAAGAUAUUACAAGAGGUGCCAGUGGGCGCCUCCUUUGGUGAGUUGUCUGUAUUGUUUGGGGAACCCAGACAAUUUGUCUUGCGGGCACAAAGUGCUUGCGACGUUUGGUGCCUUUCUUGUCAAAGUUUUGCGGCAACGGUGAGACGUGAUGACGCUCUGCGUCGAAAUUUGCUUUCCAAAGCUGCUGCACUGCGGAUGCGAUGGCUGGGAGAGCAGAGGUACACAUCUUCGCUGGCGCGAGUGUUGCGUGACAGUUGUGAACUUUUUCGUGAGGCACCGGACAGUUUUAUUCGUCUUGUGCAGGAGCGUAUGGAACCCGUUGUUUACCCACCGGGCACCUUGCUUACAUCAAUUUCCGCACGCUGCAUGGAGAUGUUGAUUAUUCUUCAUGGCAGGGUGACAUCGAUCGUCGAUGGUGUGGCGGAAUACGGCCCUGGAAGUGUUAUUGGUGAACCCACCAUCAUUGAGCAUCGCUGGCCGUUGGGUCUUGUGUCCAAGUCCAUGGUGGAGGGAUGGAAAUUGACGCGUCUUCACCUUCGCGACGCGCUCCGCCGCAUUGAAAUUCUCCGUCGGCACUCCGGUGAAGUUGGCACGCAUGCUCCGCAGUUGAUGCAAAACAUCUUUGCAACCCCUGUUCCUCCUUGCGAGUUGGAUGCCGUGGGUCGGUCGAGGAUGCCGGUGGUGGGCCCACCACCACGUGGCCGGACAUACAUGGAAUUCGCAAGGUGGCUUGCGGAGAUACAGCUGAAGGCCAUGUGCUUUCAGUUCCGUGACUUCGUGAAGUGGUCGGAUAUUUCUUACAACACACUCCCUGGGGAGGCGGAUGAGCGACCGUUAACGGGUCCGCCGACAGAAUCAACGGAGGCUGCCAGUUUCGAUUUCAUGAAUUAUAAGGCGGUUGCCACGGGGAAUGGCGUGAAGGCUCUACGCCGUGUGAAGAAAAACGCUUCUGCACAGCCGAAGAGUGGACGUGCCGUUAACACCGGGAGCACUCUUCCUUUUUACGUGAACCCUGCCAUUGCACACCAGCCCUUUACACAGCCCUAUCUUCGAAAACCACCCUCUAUGUUUGGUGGCGAGGCGGAGCCCCUCUUGGCGAGGCAGCGGGCCCUUGCCGCCGAUCAGAAUGCGUCCGUGCGGGUCACCUCCAUGCCGCAGUUGGAGAAAUUAAAAAAACUCCUGGAAAACCGGGACAAAUUGCGGCGGGUGGAGACAAAACAACAGGAGCUGGCAGAAAUGCAGCAGGAACGGGUGGAUUUGGGCAAUGUGUCCCGAUUUGGUUGCCCCGCGCCUGUCCACAUCUUUUUGCGGGGCAACAAACCUCGUGUGCAGAUCACGGUGGAGGAAGCCAUAGGUGUUGGGUACGUUCUCCAAUUCCCAGACACGAAAAGCAUCCAGUCGUGCGUCUCCAACAUCGAUUCGGACGUGACAAUUGGACUGCCGCACCAUCGACAGAGAAGACGUGACAUGGCGCUCACUCCCAACGUUCGUCACCACCGGCGCUGUUUCCUCUUUGCCGCGUCCCAGCUAAAGGAAAAAAGCAAAGAAGAGGCAAUGCUGAAGGAGGCCGCCGUGCGCGAUGCGGAGAAAAAGGAAAAUGCCCAGCACUUGGCCACGCUUUUGAUGAACGAGAUGUCCGAGAAGCAAUCUUCCCUCUGUAUCUUACGUUCGGCAGUGGUGGGAGAGGAGAGCAACACAUCUGCUCCGGACUGGCAAAGGAACUCCCUCUUCAAGUCAUCCUCGCGAGGUACCCUCACUCCGAAAAGGCAGUCAAUUGCCAGCAGGCAAUGCA